AUGGCCCACCAACGAGAGCCCAGACUGCCCAAAUUGAACAAGAAACAGAAACAAGGGCUUCAGGCGCGAGAAGCGUUGUUCAGUUUCGAGACAGAACUGGAAGAAGAGGUGUUGGAGAGCCAGCAUGACGACUCAUCAAGCGACGAAGAACCAUCAGAACCUGAUGUUUAUGCGCCCAUGGACGUCCUAAAUCUUGCUAGGUUUGUGUCACCAGCUACCACCGAGACGAAAAUGUGGUUAUCUCUGACUGCCUACAUCCAACUCAACAAGUUACUAGGGGCAGCAAAGAGAGCGAGCGAUCAUCAUUUCGAUACAUGGUCAAGCCCAAAGACCUUGGAGAGGACGUCUGAAAUGGCACAGGACGAAUGGGAGAAAGCAAUCGAGCACCAAUACCAAACUUGGCAUAACGACAUCACCAACAAGCUCAGUGCAGAGAUUGACGCGCAUUCCUUCUCCAUCCGGCAAUGGCAGAUAACCGAAGAGCAUAAAAACAUCUUGAAGUCCGAUACACUGCCUUUGAUAGUGCAGGCUGAGACAACUACUGCCGGUCUCAGAAAGCUCCUCAUCGUAUUGCGAGACUUCAAGAAUCAGAUGAAAGGAGAAUACAUUAAUGCAUAUGAGCAUACCGAUGCCACUGAUUUGGCGUAUAUCAACUCCAUGAUCCAGCGCUUAACCAAGCCCUACAAGUCACCCCAGGUCCACAAAUCAUGGUACAUUGGCCCCGACGGCCGCGAUCUCGAUGCGUCGGAGAGAUUUGACGAAGAUGUCAAUGAAUAUUAUGGCAGAAACAUCACUGAUCAUUUUCAAUCGUUGGGUGGAUUCUGGUGCCCUAUCGCGCGGCAACGCUCAAGUGUACGCCCGUGGCAACAUGACACCGGGGCUGUCCAUCUAGUGCACUACAACACAGGCGACUACGCUUGCGACUAUCUGUUUGGCAAAACAGACAACAAACGCGGCCACUUGAUGGACCCUUCCAACGGCUUCCCGCUUGGCUUCGAGUUCAGGGGUAUGCUCCACAGAGCUCAGAUCAUCAUCGUUCCUGCCCGCGUAGGUGAUACCGACCCCGAGACCGGCAAAAAAGUACAAGGAACCGACAAAGAACCGUAUAAGGUCCGGGUGCUGGACCCAAAAUUGAGGAAUGGGGAUGGCGACUUGAGAUAUCGAACCUGGCCCGUUGCCCAUACACAGCUCGACGGAAGGAUUCUAGAGUUUGCGAACGACAAUCGGCCAAAGAAGAUGUACCUGUGGUACCGCGCCGUUUUGAACAUCGCGGUGCGAUAUAGACUUCAGGCACCCGGCUGGGAGGAAGACAUAGAAGCCCUAGGACAGGACUCGUGGUGCGUACCCGGUGAAUCGCUCCGGCGAUCCACCAUGCACGCGAUUCUGAAGCACGUUGGCUUCAUCGAAGACCCUGAGCCCAUCUUCGCGUUAGGGCCUACCCUAAUCGGCUCAUCCGAGGAAAGUACAAACGAUAGAUCCAUUGCCGAUCGAGUGGCCAUGGUACUGGAUACAACGCAUACAAACUGGUUUAAAUCCCGUCGCAGUGCUUUCGCGAGUAUGUAUGCAGGCAAAGAGGUGGAGAUUGAUUGGGAGGACGAGGCGCAGGAGCAACAUGAUAAGUUUGCGUCAUUUAAGAGAUGUCAGGAUUGGUAUGGAUGA